UCUGUACUGCGCAGUUCCCUUCCAUUUUAGUAAUCGCCGAUUCAUUGAUACAUUAAGACUUCAAGAAAGAGAAAAUCCGAAGCAAAAACGAACUGAACUGGAGAGAUUUUAAGUGUUCGACUGCGGCGAUGGCAGCAAAGACUAAGCAGAAUCUGGUUAUCCGUCACUGUCAUUGUUCGAACCCUAAUUUUAUGCGAUUCUCUCGUGCUCUUCAAGCUUCUGUUGUCUGAUGAUAAACUCAUGUCAGAAGCUCAAGAAACCCUAGCAAUCCAGUAUCGGAAGAGCUCGACCUCUUUCACCUGCUUAUCUCAUUUUUUACAAUUCGUUUUCGCAUUGUUACGAUGCUGGGAUUGGAAGCCUGGUUUAGGGAUUUGACUGCGUCGGAAGUUCCAGUUUCCAGUUCUGUUUUCUUUGUUGGUGGAGGACUGUUUUUGGAUUCUACUGUUCCUUCUUCAUUUGUUUCUUUGAUUUCGACUGGGAGUUCCUUGUGUGGUGGUAUUUCUAGUUCAUUAUCUUCUUCUUCUUCUCUCAGAAGUCGAAACCCCGUUAUUUUUGGGGUGUACCGGCGAGUUAAGGGAGAGUCGGGAGUAUUGGGUGAUGGUUUUUUGUCGGUAAGCCUGUCGAUUAAGGGGAGUGAUGGAUUUGUUCAGGAAUCAAAUGGGUUCUUGCACCAAAAUGGAGAGAAAAGUCCGGAGGAGGCGGUUGUCUUUGAAGAGGAUAAGGAGCAGAAGGUUCCGUUACGACAAUCGGGUGCCAUGAACACCACGAAGCAUCUUUGGGCUGGAGCAGUUUCUGCAAUGGUAUCUAGAACUUUUGUCGCCCCGCUGGAGAGACUCAAACUGGAGUAUAUAGUUCGUGGUGAACAGAAGAAUCUUUUUGAGCUUAUCAAAACAAUUGCUGCCACCCAAGGCUUGAAAGGCUUCUGGAAGGGUAACUUCCUAAAUAUUCUUCGUACAGCUCCAUUUAAGGCUGUAAAUUUCUAUGCUUAUGAUACAUAUCGAAAACAACUUCUCAAAAUGUCCGGGAAUGAGGAAACAACAAAUUUCGAGAGGUUCCUUGCUGGUGCUGCAGCUGGCAUUACAGCUUCUAUACUCUGCUUACCAAUGGAUACGAUCCGAACAAAGAUAGUGGCACCUGGUGGUGAAGCUUUGGGUGGAGUCAUUGGUGCUUUUCGUCACAUGGUCCAAACUGAAGGGUUCUUUUCCCUAUACAAGGGCUUAGUGCCCUCUUUAGUAAGCAUGGCACCCUCUGGUGCAGUUUUCUAUGGUGUGUAUGAUAUGUUGAAAUCGGCCUAUCUGCAUUCUCCUGAAGGAAGGAAAAGAAUCGAGCACAUGAAACUAGAAGGCCAAGAACUGAAUGCUUUGGACCAGCUGGAGUUGGGUCCCAUGAGAACUUUGCUAUAUGGUGCUGUUGCUGGUGCCUGUGCUGAAGCAGCAACAUAUCCCUUUGAAGUUGUGCGGAGACAGCUACAGAUGCAAGCUCAAGCUACAAAAUUAAGUGCAGUGGCAACAUGUGGCAAGAUAGUUGAGCAAGGAGGUAUUCCUGCACUUUAUGCAGGGCUCAUUCCCAGCUUAUUACAGGUUUUGCCUUCGGCUGCUAUUAGUUACUUUGUAUACGAGUUCAUGAAGAUAGUUCUCAAAGUAGAAUGAA